AUGGCAACUGCGCAGCAAAUGCCUGCGGGACCCCGGUCCGCUCGGCUAGCCGACGACGCUGCGACCGCUGCACUGUACGCCACGCAGCCUCAACGCAAGCCGUCGACUCGGGAAGCUCCCGUUGUAGAUUUUCAGCAAUUCAAUACACCCGCAACUCGUGCGACACGCGAUCUCAGCCAUGCGUCGGCUGCCUCCGCUCUUGCACACGCAAAUCAGAAACCGAUUGAGAUCUGGCGCCCGGGCCGACUGACAGACGCGGAGAAAGCCGCAUACCACGCAAAGGACGUGUCUUCGCCCGAGAUCCCCGCGCCUAGUUCUCAAUAUAGUGGCUGGGGUCUGGGAGCGGCGACUCUGGCUGUGCAAGAACAGAGAGCGGCUUCUGCCCGGUUAUCCGGUCAGCAAUCUCUUCCCAAGCCGGAAUAUUCUGGGUCCAGCGGCCCUCAGAACAAAGCACGCCAUGCCGCGACGGGUGCAUUUGGUGCUCGGCAGCGACAGCGGGCAGAUUCAGCCUCGAGUGAGCCGAGCGCGGCUCCUGGCUCCAACUGGGCGCUCUCGGCUGCCGGGGCGUCGCAUCGUGCUAAGGUUGAGACGGAAGAUCCGCUCAACCACCUUGACAAGGCCAUGGAGGCGAGUCGAAUUACGCAUGCGCAUACCGACGCUCGCUUGUAUACCUCGACGCCUCCAGUGGACCUGGAGUCUCAGGAGCGUAAUCGAAGGAACUCAAUGCACGCUGCAGCCCUAGUUAUGGCGCGCGACAUGUACGAACUGACUGGGCCCACGGGCGAGGCCAAAGAUUUGAGCCCAGCGAUUUCCGCGGCUCGCAAUGGACACAGUCAACUCAAAGCAUCCAAGAGCGUCAGCGGAGCCACCGGGUCGGCCGGCAGACGUGCCGUCAACCUCCAAGAAGAGGCGCAAAGACGGGCCGCGGAGAAGCUGGCGCGAAUGCGUGAUGAGCAUGCAGAGAUGCAGCAAUAUUACGGCACUGCACCUCAGGCCCAACAGCGCUCGCUCCUGGGUACUCGCCGAAAGCGAGCCACGAGUGACAUUGAUUCUACCCAGAUCGACGCAGAGCAAUCACGACAGAUCCGGAAUCAAAUGUAUAGCCUGCGACACAAACUCAAUCAGGUGGACGAAAGUCGACAGAGGGACCGUGAUUCGCUCAUGGAGGCGGCGCGUCGGAAUGUCGAUGCACGAAUGCGAGACAUGGACAUGCAAAUGUAUGCCGAAACAGGCCGAGCGCCACCGGCUGUCCAGAAGCAGUGGGAUGAAGUCGCUCAGGAGCGGGUGCGUCAAGAGGCCGAGGCGGCAGAACCGACAGGUGAUCCGGUCGAGCGCGUCAAUAUCGGGGCAUCGCGAUACAUGGAUAUGGCGGACGUGGAAGCCGUGGCACGUUCGCGCCUGCAACCCACUCUCAAUGAGCUUUCAGACCAGGCUGAGCGCAAGCGAGCGGAGGAACUGGAGCGACGCCUCGACGCGGAGGAAAAGCAGCGGCAAGCCAAUCUUCAGCGAGAACGAGAGGCCAGUUUGGCCCGAGCCCAAAAGCGAGAUGUGGACAAGGCGAACCACGAGAAGCGUGGCAGCAAGGGCUUGAAGCUGUUCAUGUGGAAGCGGAAGAGCAAGCUACAGGAAGAGGAGUCCGCUAAUAAUGAUGAAUCCCCAGGCCAGGUUCCAGCUGUCGCAAGACCAGAGGAUCAGCUACCAGAGGAAGACACAAUGUCACGGCCUGCAGCCGCUUCUGCCGCUGCAGAACCAGAGCCCAUGGUAGCGACUCGGACAGACCGGCAAGCCGACACCGUCCCGACAGGUGACGAUGAGCCUGCUACUGCCAGUCCCAUUGUCACGCCGAUGCGAUCCAAUAAUAUGGCUCCUAUCUCACCUCCUGUCAGCAUCUCGCGCGAGCCUACCGACAAUGGCAUGAUUGGUGCGCACCCCUCACAGAUCAGAUCGCGAGACGCCGCAGCAACAGGAGGCCUGUCGGUCCCGCCAACCUCCCAGCCUGUCAGCAGUCCUCGCGCGGAUUCGAAAUUGAAGACUUGGUUCCGUGAUCGAUUAAUCCGUCGGACAAGUGAGCCGCAGCCCCUGUACCCUCAUCAACCUGGCCCCGAGUACAACUCGGACAGUGAGGUUGGGUUCAGUGGGGGCGCUGCUCUGACAGGACGAGCAGCGUCCGGGACCGGGAUCCCUCGAUCUCGGUCUAUGGGCAACGCAGAUGUCUCAUCUGAGCAUGGAGCCACCGACGACGAUGAGCGAUCGUAUUUCAUGGAAGAGUCGGAUGAGAGUAGCAAGAACAUCAAUGCUGGAAAGAGGUCACGCUUUCGGCAGAGUUUGAAGAACACCCUCUCUCGCAACUCCCAGGAUGCGAAGACGAAUGGAUCCCACACUAAGCGCGAUCAAGGCCAGGGCGAGUAUAACGCCGAGCUGCAGAAUCUCCGUGAUAGCGCUGCUGGGCAAGGUUUACCCGCACCCCCAGUUCUGAGUGAUUCUCACAGUCACCGCGAAUCGAGAUUUUCCGAAGAUCUCUAA